AAUGAGAAGUAUUUAAUUUUUCCCUUUUUUUUCUUAUUAAAUUUAUUCUUUAACAGUUUAUAGUGAGUCUACAAAUUAUUGGUGGUUAUUUGUCAAUCUUUGGUUUUGCUCGAUUAUGCAGGUUAUGGGUUUAGCUGUUGUUUGUGUUAUAUGUUUCACCUCUAAUGCUUUUGCAGGCAGCAAGAGCAGCUGAUUAUAGUAUUGGGAGUAAGUUGCUGCAGCAUUUUGUUCUUGACCAGAACAUGUUGGAGGUUGACUGUCCCUGUGUCACCCCAGAGGUUGUUCUCAAAGCAUCUGGUCAUGUUGAUAAAUUUACUGACCUUAUGGUUAAAGAUGAGAAAACUGGGACUUGCUAUCGUGCCGAUCACUUGCUCAAGUACUUCUGCAGUGAAAAGCUUCAAAAAGACCUUUCCAUAACUACAAAGGAGGCUACAGAACUGAAGCGCAUACUUGCUGUUUUGGAUGAUCUUUCAGCUGAAGAGCUGGGUGCCAAACUUAAGGAGUAUGACAUUACAGCUCCAGACACUAAGAAUCCACUUUCUGAUCCAUAUCCAUUCAAUCUUAUGUUCCAAACAUCAAUAGGCCCAUCUGGCUUGAGCCCUGGGUUCAUGCGGCCAGAAACUGCACAGGGCAUAUUUGUUAACUUUAAUGACUUGUACUAUUACAAUGGGAACAAGCUUCCUUUUGCUGCUCAAAUUGGCCAGGCUUUCAGAAAUGAGGUUGGCGGUCGGAAUACAGUGUUAAGUGAUGCUAUCCAUAGGAAAAUUCCUUUUGUGUCUGAUUUGCCUACAAUAAUUUUUGGUGCUGAUGUAACACAUCCACAGCCUGGAGAGGAUUCUGGCCCUUCAAUAGCAGCCGUAAUUAAUUACUAA